GACUGUGAACGGUCUCUUUUUCACUCGGCUAGAAUGGGUAUCUCUCGUGACUCUAGGCACAAGCGCAGCGCUACUGGAGCUAAGCGUGCACAGUACAGAAAGAAGAGAAAGUUCGAGUUGGGUCGUCAGGCCGCCAACACCAAGCUUGGUCCCAAGCGUGUCCACGAAGUCCGUGUUCGUGGUGGUAACAAGAAGUACCGUGCUCUUCGUCUCGAUGCCGGUAACUUCUCCUGGGGUUCCCAGAACUGCACCCGCAAGACCCGUGUCUUGACUGUUGUGUACAACGCCUCCAACAACGAGUUGGUCCGUACCAACACUCUUGUCAAGGGUGCCGUUAUCCAGGUCGAUGCUACUCCUUUCCGCCAAUGGUAUGAGGCUCAUUACGCUCAAACCUUGGGCAAGAAGAAGGGUACUGAAGCUGAGGCUGAGAAGAAGUCUAACCACGUUCAACGUAAGAUCGCUUCUCGCCAAGGUGAUGUCUCUGCCGACCCUCUUCUUGAUGAUCAGUUCGCCGCUGGUCGUCUCUAUGCCAAGAUCUCUUCCCGCCCCGGUCAAUCUGGUCGUUGCGACGGUUACCUCUUGGAAGGACAGGAACUCGAGUUCUACGUCCGCAAGCUCAAGGCUCGCAAGUAAACGCGUACUUUAAUAGUAAAGUAGAGUCUUUCAAAAAUAAAUUCAAAAAGUACCCAACAAUUAUUCUGGCGCUAUUUUGUUCGUAAAUUUGU